CCGAGGGCCCGGCCCGGGCUCAGGGGUCAGCGAGGGCCUCGUCGCACGGAGCCGGCUUAGGAUGGCGAGCCGGCUGGACUGGGCGCCUGCGUGGUCCCCGGCGUGGAGACGAGGUCCCUGCGGGCAGCGGCUUGGAGGAGUGGGAAGCAGGCGGCUCUGAGAACGACCCUGUUGAGGGUCCUCCCCAAACCCUGGGAGCGAAGGGUUUUCCCGGGCACCUGGCGCCGAGCAGAGAGGCUGUCGCGUCCCUGGAUUGAUUCCUCCUGUCCCGGCUCCUUCCCAGAGGACCUUUUCCCUCUCGCUGCAGCUCAGAGGGGCCCAGCCUCCUGGUUUUUAUACCUUCGCCCCCAUUGAGUUAUUCUCCCCGUCCCAGAAGUACCAGCUUUUGGUGUAUCAUGCAGAUUCUCUGUUUCAUGAUAAGGAAUAUCGGAAUGCUGUGAGUAAGUAUACCAUGGCUUUACAGCAAAAGAAAGCCCUAAGUAAAACUUCAAAAGUGAGACCUUCAACUGGAAAUUCUGCGUCUGCUCCACAAAGUCAGUGUCUUCCAUCUGAAAUUGAAGUGAAAUACAAAAUGGCUGAAUGUUACACAAUGUUGAAACAAGAUAAAGAUGCCAUUGCUAUACUUGACGGGAUCCCUUCAAGGCAGAGAACUCCCAAAAUAAAUAUGAUGCUGGCAAACCUCUACAAGAAGGCUGGUCAGGAGCGCCCUUCCGUCACCAGCUACAAGGAAGUGCUAAGGCAGUGCCCGUUAGCCCUUGAUGCCAUUCUAGGUUUGCUGUCCCUUUCUGUAAAAGGUGCAGAGGUGGCAUCGAUGACAAUGAACGUGAUCCAGACUGUGCCUAACUUGGACUGGCUCUCUGUGUGGAUCAAAGCAUAUGCUUUUGUGCACACUGGUGAUAACUCAAGAGCAAUCAAUACCAUCUGUUCACUAGAGAAAAAAUCAUUAUUGCGAGAUAAUGUGGAGCUACUGGGAAGCUUAGCAGAUCUUUACUUCAGAGCUGGAGACAAUAAAAACUCUGUCCUCAAGUUUGAACAGGCGCAGAUGUUGGAUCCUUAUCUGAUAAAAGGAAUGGAUGUAUAUGGCUACCUCCUGGCCCGAGAAGGGCGGCUGGAGGACGUGGAGAACCUUGGCUGCCGCCUUUUCAAUAUUUCUGAUCAGCACGCAGAGCCCUGGGUGGUCUCUGGGUGUCAUAGCUUCUAUAGCAAACGUUAUUCCCGGGCCCUCUAUUUAGGAGCUAAGGCCAUUCAGCUGAACAGUAAUAGUGUUCAAGCUUUGUUACUUAAGGGAGCAGCUCUUAGGAACAUGGGCAGAGUCCAAGAAGCAAUAAUCCACUUCCGGGAGGCCAUACGGCUUGCACCUUGUCGCUUAGAUUGUUAUGAAGGUCUCAUCGAAUGUUACUUAGCCUCCAACAGUAUUCGUGAAGCAAUGGUGAUGGCUAACAAUGUAUACAAAACUCUCGGAGCAAAUGCACAAACCCUUACCCUUUUAGCAACUGUUUGUCUUGAAGACCCAGUCACACAGGAGAAAGCCAAGACUUUAUUAGAUAAAGCCCUGACCCAAAGGCCAGAUUACAUUAAGGCCGUGGUGAAAAAAGCAGAACUACUUAGCAGAGAACAGAAAUAUGAAGAUGGAAUUGCUUUGCUGAGGAACGCACUAGCUAAUCAGAGUGACUGUGUCUUGCAUCGGAUCCUAGGAGAUUUCCUUGUAGCUGUCAAUGAGUAUCAGGAAGCAAUGGACCAGUAUAGUAUAGCACUAAGUUUGGACCCCAAUGACCAGAAGUCUCUAGAGGGGAUGCAGAAGAUGGAGAAGGAGGAGAGUCCCACGGAUGCCACUCAGGAGGAGGAUGUGGACGACAUGGAAGGGAGUGGGGAAGAAGGGGACCUGGAGGGCAGCGACAGUGAGGCGGCCCAGUGGGCUGACCAGGAGCAGUGGUUCGGCAUGCAGUGAGGCCAGCCCUGCUCUGAGCUCUUCCUGGUGGACUGAAGGACCCUGGGAGCCCGCGCUCUGGGAGGACAUGAUUGCAGCAGGGGUCUCUGCUCCUCGUCCCGUAUUUCUAGUAAUGACUUCCAUUUUCAAACCAAGACCGACCAACCUUCCAUACAUCUCCAUCCUCCCCCAUCCUGCCAGGGAGGAUGGUGGGAGCACUCUGAGGCUCACAAACAUGGUGGGGCUUCUGGGACAAAGAGUGUUUUUUUCUAACUAAUUCUAAAUCUGAAAGCUCUAAAUCACAACAAUUGUCUGUGAAGUUGCAAAUGAGUUUAAAGGACUGACCCGUCAUCCCAGAGUGAAGGGGUCCUCUCCCCAGUUAGAUGGCAGUGUGGGGUGGCCCUUGCAGAGUGGGUUUCCUGUUCCUUGAAGUAAUGGUCCUGGGCUGUCCAAAACUUCCGUGGUAACCUUGCUUCUUUCUGCAACGUUAGCAAUGCCUUAAGCUGACAGUUGCUGUUUUGCAGAACAGUUUUCCUAUUUGUUGAUCUAGUGACCCUGGGCCAGAUCUGAGAAACUGCUGUCACCCAGAGCAUGAACAGAGGUGCACUUGGGGCAAUUAACUAAUAAAACUGUUUUUUUGUACA